GAAAGUGAGGGAAGGGGUGGUGGAGAAGAGAGAGAUGAUAAGAGUUGGAAUCGCGUCUCUAUGAGGCCCAUAUAUUCUAUUCAUCUCCUCUCUCUCAAUACCAUUUCGUAAGCUCGGCCGGAGAAAAAUAAUCAAAAUAAAGAUGGCGCAGAGAGCGGAGAAGGAAGAGACGGAGUUCAAGGUCCUCGAAACCCUGACGACGACGACGACAGCCCCGUCGCUCUGCUCCAACAACUGCGGCGUCACCGCGAGUCCAACAACCAACAACAUGUGUCAGAAAUGCUUCAACGCCUCCGUCGCCGGUGUAGAUUCCAAUCCGAUCUCGAAGAGAUCAGCCAGAUCCGUCACUCUCCGGUCAACGCCGGCCAGAGCCGUGAUCCGUCCCAGGGAGAUCGAGAUCGAUCCGGUCAAGAGAGAUCACCAGCAGACGAUUAACCGAUGCUCCGGCUGUCGGAAGAAGGUCGGUUUGACCGGGUUCAGGUGCCGAUGCGGCGACAUGUUCUGCUCCGAGCACCGGUACUCGGAUCGCCACGAUUGCAGCUACGACUACAAAACCGCCGGUCGCGAGGCGAUCGCCAGGGAGAAUCCGGUGGUCAAGGCGGCGAAGAUGGUGAAAUUGAGUUGAUGUUCAGAUCGGAGAAGGAAUCUUCUUCAGUCGUGGUGGUGGUGGUGGUUCAACGAAGCUCCGAUCAAGAUCGGAGAACGGAGGAGAGACAUCGGUGUUUAAAAAAACGAAGAUGAGAGAGAAUCAUCUCCUGCUUGAUUAAAUCUGAACCUCAAUUUAUUUUUAAUUUAUUUUUAUUUAGUGAAUGAUUAUUAUUGUUGUUGUUGUUGUCGUCUUUGCUUCGGAUGUGAUCUUUUCUCGAUCAUCAAGACAAAGUUGUCGAGAGUGGCAUGUGUAUGUAGAUUCGUUAGAAAAUGAAGGGUGGUUUGGUAACU